AUACUCCUCUUGGCCGGUGAAUUCAAGGUUAAAAUAUAUUUAACCUAUUUUUUCUAUUCGUUUAUCGUAUUUUCAGUUUUGCAUUCUCCCGACAAUAGUAGAACCAAAUUUGAUAAACAAGAUUUCUUUUUGUAAGUGUUCAAUAGGUCAGAUUUAAUUAUAGUUUCAACGUCUGUAUUAUUAAAUAGAGAAGUAAAGUUCUCUGUACUCAUUUUAAAAGUUUAUGUAAUAUGACUGAAAGAAUCAACAUAGAUGAGCCGUUAUGGGACCUAAACACAUUCACAGGACGUUUUAAACAUUUCUUGUGGGUUACAGACCCCAGAACAUGUAUAGAAAGUGAAGAAACUUUGGAUAAAGCAAAAGUACUUGUAGAACAGUACAGAAAGCGGCAAGAACCACCAGGAACUACAACUGAACAAAUUAUUUAUGCGAAAAAAUUGUACGAAAGUGCUUUCCAUCCAGAUACUGGCGAAAAACAAAAUGUAUUUGGUAGAAUGUCUUUUCAAGUUCCAGGUGGAAUGGCUAUUACAGGAGCUAUGUUACAAUGGUAUAGAACACCAUUUGCAGUAGUUUUCUGGCAAUGGAUAAACCAGUCUUUCAAUGCACUAGUAAAUUACACAAACAGGAAUGCCAAAUCACCCACUACCACUACACAACUUGUAGUUGCUUAUGCUUCGGCUACAUCAUCAGCAAUGAUCACUGCCUUAGGAUGUAAACAAUAUUGGGGUAAACGCGCCUCUCCUUUCAUCCAGAGAUACGUACCAUUCGCAGCUGUAGCAGCUGCCAACUGUGUAAAUAUUCCACUAAUGAGGCAAAAUGAAAUAAUUUAUGGUAUUGACUGUUGUGACGAGAACGGCAAAAUUGUUGGUCAGUCUAAAGUAGCAGCUGUAAAAGGAAUUUCACAAGUAGUUUUCUCUAGGAUAGUCAUGUGCGCCCCAGGAAUGUGUAUACUACCAAUUAUCAUGGAACGAGCAGAGAAAUAUAAGUUUAUGCAGAGGAUCACAUAUUUGCACGGUCCCAUCCAAGUUAUUGGAGUAGGAUGUUUCCUCACUUUCAUGGUUCCACUAGCAUGUGCUUUGUUCCCACAAAAAUGCUCUAUCAAGACAUCCACUAUACUUUGGUUGGAACCAGAACAAUAUGAGAAAAUGAAGAAGAACUGCGAAGGUAAAGUUCCAGAUGUGGUAUAUUUCAACAAGGGACUUUAAUAUAAAAGUCUAUUGAGAUUAUGAUGAUGAGUCUUAUAAAUAGAAAGAUACAUUCAUUUCUUUAAUAAUCGCUACAUAAAAUGAUAGUGAUUAUUAACAAGAAAUUAGAUGGAAAACAUUAACGUUGGUUACGUUUGAUUAGUCUUUUGUUUGCACUUAGUAAAAUAGAUAACGAGGGAACUUCUGCAGAUUUACAGGAUGUUUUUAUAUUCAGAAGGUGAUUUCCUUUACCUACUUCCGUCCAAAAUAUCAAUCCUAGGUGGUGAAUGAAAUGAAAAUUGACAAAUUUUUAUAGUAUUUUUUUAAUAUUUAUGUUUAAAAGUUAGAUUUUCUGGAACCGUUGUGAUAUUUAUACUGAAUAACCAAUUAUUUAUUACUGCUACUUCACAAACAUUCACAAUUAUACUGUUGGACAUGCGUUUCGAUAACCAAAUUAUCGUCUUUAGAAACCAAGGUGAAGUGAAGUGUAGUAACUGCAAUUUACUUUUUAUCGAAAUGUGGAUCACACAGUAAUUAUGAGUAUUGGCAGUAGUGAAUACAGUGUUUAGGGGUAGGGGUGUUUAGGUUUAGGGGUUAUAUAACAUAAAGGGGUGAAUUAGAAUCCAUUUUCUUAUUUGACUUCAAGUUUUCUUGUAAAUUCAGUUUUGUACAAAACUGAUUUAUUUAAAAUAAACUGUAUGUAAGAUCUGCGAAUCGAAUUUUUAUAUAUGGCUCGAUAAUAAUUCCAUUAUUAUAUUGACUCUGCAGAUAGAGUAUAAGAGGGUUUUCAGUAUUGUUCUUUUACUUAAAAACAUACGCAAAUUCGCCAAAAUUAGAUAUUUUCGGAUUUGAAACAUGCAAAAGUAUGUGCUUUUAUAGUAAAUUGAUUAAAAAUCGUGUUUAUUUCCCGUAUAUCUUAGAAAUAAAACUAAUAGAUUUUUAUUCAUUAAAAUCAACUACAGAGACACUAAAGCAAUUCUGUUUCUUCCAAAGAAAAAAUUUAGGAUUAUGGAAUGUUUUGAAAUAAUCAGGGAUUUUAAGUAAUAUUUUUUAUAUAUAUUAUUAUGUUGCAGGAAUAUUAAAAAAAUAUUGUUGGUUAUUCUUUUGCAAAUAAAGGAUAUUUACAAAAAGUUUUUAGCUUUGCUCGAAUUUGAGAAAAACAUAAGGACUUGAUUUUACUUACCACCUUUUUGAAUUGAUAACUGGAAAGAGGGAAGGCUGAAGAAAAUCUCUUAUAGCUAAGAUCAUAUUUUCAUAACCUGAAUUUUUUACAUGAAUUGAAAAACUCCAAUAUCAGUAAAUUGUAAUUUUGAUUAUAAUUUAUUUUAUACAAUGUUCAUGGAUAAGUGGCUUUCUUGAUGGUUUUUCACAAUAACUUACAUUUUUACAUUGGGUUUUUUUUUAAAUUUUCAACAACUUUUUGAACAAGAAAUCAAUCGGCCUGGAAGUCAUUUAUCAUUUAUAAGUAAUAAUAUGCAAUACUUUUUAUUUAUCUUUGUUGAAUUUUACAAAAAAUAAAAUUUUUACAAAC